AUGGCUGCUAAUCCCCUUCCCACACGAGUCAGGACGGCCAACGAUUCCGAUGAUGAGCCCAUACCGGAUGGUGAUCCCUCGAAUACCUCUGGUCUCCUCCUGGAGCGCUUGCAAGCUUGGAAGCAUAUGUGCGGAUACCUGGAAAACUACGUCUCUGCGGUUGCCAAGGACCAGGCUGCUCGGGCUAAAGAUCAAGAGAAGAUUCUAAAGACACUGUCCAGUCCUCUGCGUGAAGGACACCAUUUCGACACAGCUCUGGGUGGCGUUGCGGGCCUUUUCGAAAACCUUCGGGCCAACACCCAGGCUCAGAGCAACCUCUACACAGAAACGUCCAAGAACCUCUCCGGAUCUGUACUGCCCGUCCUGGAGCGUCUACAUACAGAAAUCAAGAACAAGAACAAGGAAAUCACAAAUGGAGCUGGCAAGGGCUCCAAGGCAGUUGAGCAAUCCCGUGCCACAUCACAGAAGCAUAUUGAACUGCUAGGCCAGCAAGCUGCGCAUUUCGACUCGACCGGCGGCAAGGUCUCUGCUCAGCAUGACCCUUACGUCCUUAAGCGAGGCACAUUGCACCGCCUCAACAAGCAGUUGCUGGAAGAGAACAACAACAGACAAGACUUGAUCGCUGUACAAAACUCUUUCGCCCAGUUCGAGGCCCACAUCAUCACGACCGUGCAAACGGCGUUGAACUCGUACAACCAGUUCAUGAGUGGCGAAGCGGAUCGUCUCAAGGCCAUGUUCGGUGAUAUUGCAUCCACCGCCAGCAAUAUCCCACUCGACUUCGAAUGGAACGGCUUCGUCCGACGCAACCAACAUCUUCUCGUCAAUCCCAGCGCCCCACCGAGAAGCUUAGAGAGCGCCUCUUUCCCAAAUGAGAACCAUCGCUCGACCAAGCCACUGAUCGAGGGAUCUCUUGAACGCAGACAUCGCGGUAUGGGCGCUCUCAAAGGCUACAGCAGUGGGUACUACGUAAUCACCCCGGCAGGAUUUUUGCACGAGUACAAAGACAACGACAACUUCCACAAGGAUCCCACCCCUGAAGUGUCGUUGUACCUCCCGGAUUGUGUCGUCGGGGCUGUGGAUGGGCAGAAAUUCACAAUCAAGGGCAAGGACUCGUCUGGUGGCAAGCUCGGGCAGAAGAUGGCCAUUAGUUCGGACUUCCAAUUCAAGGCCCAUACGAACUCGGAUGCACAGCAAUGGCAUUCCGUCAUCACCAGCUUCUCUCAGUCAUCCAACAGUGUGCCUACUAGUCCGGCCGAGAGUCGAAAUGUCACUCCCAUCACGACCAGGAUGGAUGAUCAAAGCCAGGGGGUCACGAGCGGGCCCAACAGUGGUGUAUCGCCCCAGGCUGGCCAUUAUUCCGGUUCAGCCACAUAUGCAGCACCAGCUCCAGCCGGGCCAUACCAUGGAGCACCGGCCUCGAAUGCGUUGGAAGAUCGGAAGUACUUCGAGAAGUAUUGA